AUGAAAAUUAAUUACACGCAACUGUAUAUAAAGGCGCAUUAUUUCUUUUUUUUUGCAAGUUGUGGUAUUACUUAUCCGUAUAUUCCAGUUUACGGAAGGCAAUUAGGUAUUUCACCGUUAGUAUUGGGUAUCAUUUGCACAAUUUUUCCUAUACUACAUCUGAUAGCAAAACCAGCGUUUAGCUUUUUAGUAGACUAUUUUGGAAAUUGGAGAAAACUAAUUUUUAUGGUGUUCGUCAUAGCAACAGGUGGCUCUUAUAUUAUAAUAUUUUUUUUACCAUUACCGAGUCCUAUGUUACUGGAUCAACAUUUGAAAAAUAUUUCGUGUACAUCUCUAUCAUAUUGCGAUAUGGAAUAUCAUGCAUCAGAAAUUGCAUCGUGUAACGGUACAAUAGACACUACAUGUCAUUGGAUAUGUAAAGACACAAAUUUUUCCAUGCGAUUAUCUUUUUAUACAAAUCAAAACAAAGUAAUUGUCUCGCCAAAUUUUACAUGUUUAUUAAACAUUAAUGAGACGUUAUUGUGUCAGAAAAUUGUAACAAAUAAUUAUAAUUGCAAUAUUGUUUGUGAUAAUUUUGAAAACCAAUGUAUAUUCACAUCUAUUACUUUUUGGAUAUUUAUCCUUUUGUGGUGUCUUGGCGAUUUUAGUUAUUUUACUUCCCUCGUUAUAAGUGAUACUAUUUGUUUUAGUAUAUUAGGACAAGGGAAACAAUCGAAUUACGGUAAGCAGCGAUUAUGGGCUACAAUUGGUUAUGGUAUUGCUGCAUGUUUGUCUGGAUAUAUGAUAGACUUAUGGUCGCACAAGGGAAUUUAUAAAACUUAUACACCAAUACUGGUUCCUGUAGCCAUAUUUAUUUGUAUUGAUUUGAUAUGCUGUAUAAAAUUGAAGAUGUCAUUUAAAUCAGGAUCUACAACUAUAAUAAAGGAUGUGACUAUGCUUUUGAAAUCAAAAUCCGUCAUUAUAUUUUUGUGUUUCGUUAUAUUCUCGGGGAUGCUUAAUAGCAUUAAGCGUACCUUUUUGUUAUGGUAUGUAGAAGAUCUUGCUGUUACAACCAAUUAUAUGAGCAACAUUAAAUUGAUAGAAGGUUUAAUUACAAUGACCGAAACGUUCGGUGGUGAAGUAAUAUCUUUUUUCUUUUCUGGUAAAAUAAUAGAUAAGCUAGGAUAUACCUAUACUUUGAUAUCGUGCUUUGUAUGCUACGCGUUUCGGCUAGGAUUAAUAUCUUUAUCUACAAUACCAUGGUGGAUACUUCCAAUAGAAUUACUUUUACAUGGGCCAUCGUAUGCUAUCUGCUUAACAACAAUAACAGCGUACGCGAACUCAGUAGCACCUCCAGGUAGUUCAGCUACUGUUCAAGGACUUAUUCAAGGCAUGCACGACAAUUUUGGGUUCUUGAUUGGUAAUUUGGUAGUAGGUGUUUCAUAUGAAAAAUUUGGUGGUACAAUAACUAUGAGAAUAUUUUCAGUAUUCGCAGCGUUAUCUGCAAUAGUAUAUUUUCUUUUUCACGUUCUCUAUUUAAAGCAUAAAACAUCAGAUUUGCGCAACAACAUUGAAUGGAGAAAACCGGAUGAUGCACAGAAACACUGUGUAAUAGCAGGAACGUAAUAUAUUUUU